AUGCUAAUAGUAUACCUCAAAUUUUCUUGCGGAAUGUUUACAAUUGCCAGCUAUCGUAUCAAACAGGCAAUGAGAGUUAAUAUUUUACAAAAAAAUCCAAAAAAUACAAUUAUUAUUUAUAAGAAAAUGAUUUAUGCCGUAGAUAUUCAUCGCAAAGCUAUGAACUACGCAGAACAUGUAAUAAACAAUUUUGAAGGGUCGUUUUUUUCUUUAAUAACAAUUAGUGUAUGUUGUUUGAGCCUCAAUCUUUUCGAAAUUUUUCAAACUAUGUCAUUAAAAAAUAUAGAUCAAUUUUUAUUACAUGUCGUAUUUAUAGGCAUCAUUGUUUUAUACAUGUUCUUAGCCAAUUAUGCCGGACAAGAAAUCACGGAUCACCAUAAUCAUGUAUUUUCCACUGCAUAUAGCGUUCAAUGGUAUACAGCUCCUUUGCAUACACAGAAGCUGAUACUAUUUCUCUUACAAAGGACUAACAAAACUUUUAGCCUGAAUAUUGGUGGAUUGUUUGUAGCAUCCUUGCAGUGUUUUGCUUCGCUAACAAGUGCAUCGAUGUCCUACUUCACUGUCAUAUAUUCUACACAGCAAUAA